GAGUUUAUCUACAUCUGAUGAUCUGUUCAUUUCCUGCCGUCACGUUAUGAUUGCUAAUUUCGCUGGAUUUCUACCAGAAUUUCGUCAACAACUUGGAAAACGACUCCGCGUCAUAUUGUGACUUGGAAAUCGACAGCAGUGUCGCUAGACGUGAGGCAAGCCCCGUGUCGGCUUCAAUAACGCCGGCUGACAGGCUUUCGACAGGAAAAUAACAACAUAAUCCCCACGCAAACGAUCCUCACGACGCCACGUAGAAGGCCAGGAUUGCUCGGGAAGACGCAGUUGGGUCAUUGCGUGGGCAGACGCCUCUUAUAUCACGACGGGAUCGUGUGUGCGGGAGCGCACACACACGCAUACACACACACACACACAUGCAGAUAAUGUCUGUGGGUGAUAGAACGCAACGCGCGCGCAGCCAACGGCGUCGUAGGGUGCUCACCACCGCGAGUCGAGAGAGAUGGGGAACGCUCGUUCACCAGGCGGGUGGGGGUUGGUUGAUCGACCGUACCCGCUUUUCUACUCGUCCUGCCGAGCCCCGACAUUCAUUCCACCCCGAGCCGGCGGAUCCGCUAGGACGUGUCCGUUCUCCAGUUUGUAAUCAGCGGAGGGAUCGAGCCAAGGAUCAACGAGGAGAGAAGGCGAGAGAAGGAGACGAGUGUCCUUGCAUCCAGAUUGAAUAACGAUCCGACGAUCGCCGCGUUGCUAAAGAUGACGUACAACUGGGCGUGGCUGUUGCUGCUGUUCUCGCUAGUCUCGAUAGGCAUGUGCCUGCCUACGAGCCUGAUGGAGGACCUGAAGAAAGCGGAUCAGGCCAUGAAACCGAAAUCAAAACGAGCGCAGGAGAUGCUGAUAUUCGGCAAUCAGCAAAGUCGACAGGCUAACAGCGCUGCCGCUGCCGAACCUCUUACGUCGAACGCGGAGAAACGAACACUUGCUUCGUCGGGAUUGGGAGGUUUAAAAGCGGCCCUCGCCGAGGAUGAUAAAUCGUCCAAGUCGAAAUCACCCAGCAAUUCCGUAUACGAACACGAAACAUAUUCGCCGUAUGACAGAAAUUACGACUACGGUAAGGUUCUUAUGAACGAUUUCGAGGAGGAUGUGCCACGCGUCUGGGACACGCCGAUGUAUUACACGGGCGGGGAUCGGCGCAAACGAUCGGACAAGUCCACAGCAACCGCACGGUCGAGCACCACGCAGCAACCGCCGACCAGCUCGUUCCAGCCGAAACACCUACCCGGCAGCCUCCUGCCUACUCAGCAACCAGUGCAGGCUCAAGUUAAGAGGAGCAUUCCGUUUUACCAGGAAUUGCGAUACAAGCGAGAACUGCCCUUAGACAUCGAUCCCGAGGAUGUACUCGCUUUGCUAUCAUUAUUGGAGAACGAGCGGCGCAAUGGGAACUGGCACAAGUACGCUACCGAGGAGUACGAGAAUAUGGUAGAUGACAGCGGUUACCUGGAUGAGGAAAACGGUAGAAACGUUUUUGCUUUACUUUUAGUUUUUCCAUGGCUAGACGCACCGGUCUAUCCCUCGCGGCACUACGACACGUUGUCACCCUCCGACAUCGGAAUAGUCCGCACCCACCCGCCCAGCUAUUACGAGCAGUACGGAAACCAGCUGGAUCAGCAAUACGGAAGCGCCGCACAAUACGGUAACUCGCAGUACGACUUUGUUUAUCCUCAACGUGCCUACUACCCUCAGGAAAAAAGGUUUAUGGUGGCUAAAAAGCGAGCGCAGAGCUAUGAUCCUUUCUCCGCUGCUGAACUGCAACUGAGCUCGCAACCGCGAAGUUAUCAGUACCCUCAUCGCCUGAUCUAUUAAAUAAUUCACGACGUGAAGCUGGCUAGAGGUACGCGAGGAAAUGAGAAAAAUUUCUGAUGGAAAAUGUAUCGAAGAAAAGGAAAAUCAGCGGUUGACGUUUCCAGGAGUCUGCGCUCUUUUGACGAACGACCCUCGUUGUCGCUCCUCUUCAACUAUUCUCCCUUUUUCUCGCAGGAGGCAAAAAAAGCAGCAAGCGCAAAAGCGACAACACAGAUUUUCUCGUUCUAAGAAACAAGGUGCUCACAGAGAGAAGCUUUCCUCGCAAGAGCCGCGCUGAAGAACCGAGAGGCGUCGAUUCUUAAAAAAAAAGAAAAAAAAAAUUUUCCUCGACCCGAACUCUCCUGUCGAAGUAUCUCGGAACAUAUGCGAAGCGUAAAAAAAUUCGUAUUUCAGAUACAUUUUAUCUCGUAACAAAAAUUUCGCGGCGACGAAAUCAAGUGCGAUUGAGAGUUUUAUUGUUCAAGAAUUUUACGAAACGGUGAGCAAAACAUAUCAGAGUCUAUGACUCAAUCCAGAAUAAUUUCCUGCGCUGUUUAAAUGCGUUGUUAAAUUAAUCGAGGAAUGGAUUAGUUUGGUUGAAUUUUUAAUUCGAUAAAAAAACCACGGAUAACAAAUUACAAAAAGUUGAAAAUUAAUAGGACUCCUAAUUACAAAAAGCUUCAGCGCGCUCUUGUUACUUAUUCGCUUAAUGGUAAUGUUACAAUUUUAAGCUCCUUUUGCGUGUAAUACGGGCGACGCGCCCGUAAUGACGCUACGACUGAAUCAUUAAACAAUCGUAGUAUCGAAUCAAAUUACCCUCAGGCUUGAUUUCGACGACUUCGUGACUGAUAUAAUAUAUAUUAUAUAUAUACAUAUAAAGCGAUAUAGUUUUGUUCAUGAAUUAGCAUGAGACUAGACAUAGGUCUAUUCGUCUACUAGAUAAUAUUAGACGGGUAAGAUGAGAGAAAUCGGAGAAUCAGAGAAAACGAAGGCGAGAUAUGUUUUAAUGUAUAUGUGUAAAAAGGAGAAAACGUAGAGAAAUCGAACAAGAUUUAUUGCGCGAGAUAAAUUUUAUCGUCAGUUCUAUAUAUGUAUCCACGAUAUGGACUAAGAAACCGCAUUAGAAUGUUAAAAAAUGUCCCUGCAAACUUUGAUGACUGCGCCAAAUGCAGAGUGUCAAAAAAUUACAUAUGUUUACAUCGUUAACUGGAGAAGUACGAGCUAAACGUUAACUAACCGAACCUCGAGUCGAACCAUCGUCUUGUCACUCAUUGAUAUUCUGUACUCCAUUGAUGUCCGCAUAGAAAAACAAGAGAACGUUCGGAAACGAAUUUAGUGAGCAAAUAAUAUACCGAAGGAGUCCUCGCGAGGUUUUCUUCGAACCAACACGGCCUUCCAUAUUCAACACUCCGAGGAGACUGAACAUCUCUAUAGAAUUAAUUAAUAUAGUUAAAUUCAUUACACGCGUCUGUACAAACAACACACUUGUACUUUUAUUCGUCGAUACAGAGUAUCUCCCUUACAUUAAUUUGUACUUGUAAUUUCUGAAGUAAUGGAACUGAUUUUCUUUUAGUUGAAGUUUAAUUAAACGUCACACCUCCUUUCGAAACUUUUUAAAUAAAUAUUCAACCUUUCAUUAAAAUAUUCUUAACUCGUUUAAAACUCUGUUGAAGUUAAAUAGAAAACCGGAACAUUCUCAGUGAAAUAGAAUACUCGAUUACUCGACGAAAAACCAUUUGUAAUUUUGUUUUGUACAAUUUGUCUUAUUGUUCGACGUAGUUUUAGGUUUAGCCGUAGUAACAUAAGUUUCAUCAGGAACAUUCAGUAUUCGCUAUGUGCAAUUAAUGUUAUAUCAGACGGGCGGUAAAUAUUAUUGUAAAUGAGAGAGAAUCAGCCAAUUAGCUUUACUCUUCUCAUAUAAUCUUGCAACAACGCACGAUCAAUGUUCAAAGCAAGUUUGCUGAAGGUGUGUAUUUUUGUUACGUGUCGCAGAAAAGGCAGCAGCAUGCCGUAUAUACGCAUAAUUUUUUCCCCACACGCGUAAUUUUUCCCAUUUACACACAUUCUGCGUAUCUUCCUGCUAUUAAUAAUACUGUGCGCCAAUGUAUUGUAUUACAUUGUUAUUAUUAAGAUU